AUGGAUGAUGAUUUAGAUUUUAAAUUUUUGGCACUUGGAGAUUCUGGUGUAGGAAAAACAUGUUUACUCAGUCGAUAUGUUGACGGCAAAUAUAUUGAAACCUUAGGACCAACUGUUGGAAUUGAUAUUCGAAAUAAAACUUUUGAGGAUACUGCCGGUCAAGAACGUUUUCGUUCUUUGACAUCAGCAUUUUUUCGUGAAGCUGUUGGAUUUUUACUAGUAUUUGAUUUAACAAAUGAAGCAUCAUUUAUUAAUGCACGUAAUUGGAUAACUGAAAUACAAACUCAUGCUUAUUCAGAAGAUGUUGAUAUGAUACUUAUUGGUAAUAAAUCUGAUUUAGAUGAUGAACGUGUUAUUUCAAAAAUUCGUGCACGAGAUUUUGCUAAAGAAUAUAAUAUUCAAUAUAUUGAAACAAGUGCAUUAAAAAAUAUCAAUGUAGACGAAUCAAUUAAAUUAUUAUUAGAUUCAGUUAUGGCUCGUUUCGAACGUGAUAAAAAUUUAUCUAAAACACGUCAACAUUCAUUGAAACCUGUUCAACAUACAAAUACAACUUUAAAUGAAACGAUGACUACUAAAAUUUUCGACAACAAUUUGAAAGAUAGAUCAAACAUUUCUAGAUGUUGUUCGUAG